CUACACAGGUUCAGAGCCCAGACACGACACUGGGUAGAACAUCCAGUCUGUCCAACUUCUCCACUGGAUUUGGUUUUUUUUUUUUUUUUUACAUUUCAUUUCAUUUUUUUUUAUUUUAUUUUAUUUCUUUCAGGCUUGGGAAUUUGAUGUGUGGGUGGAUUAUCAGCCUGCCAGAGCUCUCUUCUCUUCUCUUCUCUCAGGAGUGAAAGUGUAGGAAGAAGACGCGAUCAGGACGGAAUAGAGGAAAGCUUUUAGGAAGCAGCAGACGGUUAUAAAAGAACAAUAAUCAGAAGAAGACGACGAAGUAGGAGAGUCCCAGCCGUCCCCAAUGAAGGAGCCGGACGCCAUCAAGCUCUUCAUCGGCCAGAUCCCUCGCAAUCUGGAGGAGAAGGACCUCAAGCCCAUAUUCGAGCAGUUCGGCAAGAUCUACGAGCUGACCGUGAUCAAGGACAAGUACACGGGCAUGCACAAAGGAUGUGCGUUCUUGACGUACUGUGCCAGAGAGUCCGCACUCAAAGCCCAAAAUGCGCUACACGAGCAGAAGACGUUACCAGGGAUGAACCGACCCAUUCAGGUGAAACCAGCAGACAGCGAAGGCCGUGGAGACAGGAAGCUGUUUGUGGGAAUGCUGGGGAAGCAGCAGUCAGACGCUGAUGUGAGGAAGAUGUUCGAGCCGUUCGGCAGUAUAGAGGAGUGCACCGUGCUCAGAGGACCCGACGGAGCCAGCAAAGGUUGUGCGUUUGUGAAAUAUCAGAGCAACGCAGAGGCUCAGGCCGCCAUUAAUGCUCUUCACGGCAGCCGAACUCUACCGGGUGCGUCUUCAAGUCUGGUGGUGAAGUUUGCAGAUACGGAGAAGGAGCGAGGCAUCCGGCGCAUGCAGCAGGUCGCCUCCCAGCUGGGCGUCAUCAGCCCCAUGAGCCUCCACCUGGGGGCCUACAACGCUUACACACAGGCUCUGGUCCAGCAGCAGGCUCUGGUAGCUCAGUCCGCCUACCUGUCUCCUGUGGCGACGGUUGCCGCCGUGCAGAUGCAGCAGUUGGCCGCUCUUAACCCGAGCAGCAUCAUUGCCACACCUAUCGCGUCAAUCACCCCAUCCUCAGGUGCGAGCACUCCUCCAGCUAUCGCCGCCACACCAGUGCCUACUCUCCCUCCACCAAUCGCAGUCAACAGUUACCCGGCAGUACCCGCGCCACCCAGUGGGCAAUCAGCCUCUGAAACACUCUACACCAACGGCGUCCACCAGUACCAAGCUCAGAGUCCGGCUUUGGAUCCUCUUCAGCAGGCGUACACUGGAAUGCAGCACUACACUGCCACGUAUCCAGCUGCCUAUAGUUUGGUCGGUCAGCCAUUCCCUCAUCAGCCCACGCUAGUUGCUCAGCAAACCCAACAGCCUCAGCAGCUUCAGCAACGAGAAGGUCCUGAGGGAUGUAAUAUCUUUAUCUAUCACCUGCCGCAGGAGUUCACCGACUCGGAGAUGCUCCAGAUGUUCCUGCCGUUCGGCAACGUCAUCUCAGCUAAGGUUUUCGUCGACCGCGCAACCAAUCAGAGCAAAUGCUUCGGUUUCGUAAGCUUUGACAACCCAGCCAGCGCUCAGACUGCCAUCCAGGCCAUGAACGGCUUUCAGAUUGGCAUGAAAAGACUGAAAGUGCAGCUGAAGAGGCCCAAAGAUGCCAACCGUCCCUACUAAUAUGGCCAGGUUUAAAAAAAAAAAAAAAAAAGAAGAAGACUGAAGAAGUCGGUUUGGAGAAAACAAAAGAAAAAAAAAAGAAAAAAAAAAGAAUUCAUCUGCUGUAAAUUAAUUACGGGACCAACGGCUCAUUUUAAAUACCUGAUACAAAGAACUACUGGAGCGAAUAUAUACGUUUAACAGAUUAACACUAACCCGCUGCACAAGACUUGGGUUAUUAAUUAUACAUUUACAGCCUCGUCAGUAUACAGCGUAUGACCAAUAACUGUUUAUAGGCACAUUUCUUGUACAGUUAAUAACCAGCUCAACACUAUUCCUGCAAUGUCACGCUCGUUUCAUACACACUGUUCGAAGGUGUGUGUGCGUGUGCGUGUGUGUGUGUGUGUGUGUGUGUGUAUGUUGGGAGUUCGAAGGGAAGGCUUUCAGUGCUCCAUCUGGCCUUGAACUGAAACUGCACAUAAAAUGGGACCAACAUCAUUGUGUAACAGCUGCACAGCAAGGCCUUUUGGGAAUUUUUCUUGUUAUUUCUUUGCUGGUUCGUGCACUUACUGCACACUAUGGGGAUUUACUCAGCACCAGUUAUGUGUAUAUAGAAAUUUAUUUGGCUACGUGAAAGGCAUAUCAGUGGGCUAGAAGGUGAGGG